AUAAAUUGAUGAUCAUUAUGAUGAACAUGGUAGUAGUGGGCAGUAUACAGGGGUAGUGGAAGUGUAAAGCCCGAGAAGAAUAGCAAAUAGCAAUAUAUUAUUAAAUUUAUCCAGUAGGAGAGAGAAAGCACAAAAAAGCUCAGAAAGAACAAGAGAGAGAAAGAAGAGAAAAGGAUCCAAAAGAAAAUGUUGUGUAGAAUGGUACCAAAGAAGAAGAAAACUGGUAUAGUACCAGUUUACUUGAAUGUGUAUGAUCUUACUCCCAUUAAUGGCUAUGCUUAUUGGCUUGGUCUUGGUGUUUACCAUUCUGGUGUUCAAGUUCAUGACAUCGAGUAUGCUUUUGGCGCUCAUGAACAUUCCGCAAGUGGAGUAUUUGAAGUAGAACCCAAGCAGUGCCCGGGCUUCACAUACCGAAAAUCAAUCUUGAUAGGGAGAACAGACUUGGAUGCUAAGGAAGUUCAUACAUUGAUAGAGAAACUUUCGAAAGAGUACUUUGGCAAUACUUAUAAUCUCAUUAGCAAAAACUGUAACCACUUCUGCAAUGAUUUAUGUAUACGCUUGACUGGAAAGCCGAUUCCAAGCUGGGUCAAUCGACUAGCUCGACUAGGUUUAUUGUGCAAGUGCGUUCUUCCAGCAGCUUUGAAUGAAUCAAAGGUUCGCCAUAUUAGAGCUGAAAAUAAGAACCGAGGUGAUGUAGAUAAAAAAAAGUUGAGAAGCCAAUCGAGUAGGUUUGAUCCGUCGAAUUCUAAUUCAUCUACAUUAUCGGAUUGUUCCACAAGUUCUGCCAGCCGAAGUAGAAGGCAGAGACGGUGUGUUCCUCCAUCGUCUUCUGUGAUUUGUGCUUACCCUCCACCCGAAGCUGUUUCAUAGAGGUUCUUUAUCUUCUUUACUUUUAGGUUUGCAAUGUAAAUUUGUAAUGCAGACUCCUUCGGUAGAAUUCGAGAGUUUUCGAUUAUUUUUAAAAUUAUAAUUCAUAGUUUCUGUUACCA